AUGGCCUCCAGCUUCAUGUUCUUCGUGUCCAUCCUGAUCUACCUCUCUUCCUUCGUCGGCAUGAUCGGCAACCUCAUUGUCCUCUUUGCCUUCCUGACGCACGCUGUCCGGCACAAGGCCCUCCAACCUCUGGACCGCAUCAUUGUCAACAUGGGCCUGGUGAACUUCUUCCUCUGUUGCUACAAGGCCAUUCCUGGGAUGCUGGUUUUCAGCAGCACCAAAGUCUUCGGUGUGGAGGGCUGCCGGGUUCUCCUGUACACCUACCACACCCUCAGGCUGAUCAGCAUCUGGUCAGUGGAGAACUUGAGUAUCCUCCACCUCAUCAAGAUCCGAAGGCCCAACUACCGAUGGACAAUGUUGAUCCACAGGCAUCAGUCCCGCUACGUCAACGUCACUCUCAUUGGUUGUUGGGUGGCCAGUGUCCUACUGCAAAUCCCUUAUUUGCAGUACGAGAAGACCGGCGGUCAGAGAAAUAAGACGAUUCCCUUCUUGGCAACUUCUACUUGCUUGAGAGCCACAGAGAGCUUCGCCAUGAAGUUUACCACCUACACAUCCAUUAGCCUUGACUUGGUGCUCAUUCUCUUGGUCGUGAUCCUCAACAGCUUCAUCAUAGACCUUCUCUGGAAGCACCACAGGAAGGUCAAAGCGUCGUCCUCUGUUGGAGGGACUGGGUGGAAUAAACACACGGCCCAAGCCACCAAAAUCCUGCUCUCCUUGCUCUCCAUUUACGUGGUCUGCUGGAUCGCGAACGACAUGGUCUGGCUCAUGAUCAUCUUGGGAUAUAACGGGAACAACAUGGAGAGUAGCUUUCUGAGUGCCAUGUACGGCGUGCUCUCCUCCAUAUAUUAUUCCGCCAGCUCGUACGUGAUGGUGUUUGGGUACAAAAAGGUCCGUGAAUAUCUUGCAGAAACGUGCUGGUGCUUGCGAUGUGGAAGGACCACGAUGGUUCAGGCAGUCUCCUUGGUGGAUGCGCUCCCCAGAUGA